CGAAAAACAUAGAAAUGAGCUCGUGAAAGCUCAAAACUAUCGAAAGAUUGUGCAUCUCGCGCAAAUUGUUCAAAACCAAGAAAUUCCUUGUAUUAUUUCGCCAAUAUGGAAGACCAAUACUCCCGGAGUUACGUAAAGACGGUGCUGCACUCGCUGGUGGUCUCAUCCCCCAUCUUCAUGACCAUUGAUAAGCUGCAAAGAGAUUACCGCACCGAAGAAGGCUGCAACGUGCCAUUUGCCAGACUUGGAUACAAAAGCCUAGAGGGCUUUCUGCUAGACCUUCCGGACACUUUUAGUGUUACAGGCAGUGGGUUCAGUGCCAUCGUGAGGGCAGUUGCCUCAACCAAGUCGGAGCACAUUCAAAAGUUUGUCCAGCAACAAAAGAAGCCGAGCUACAAAAGAGGGCCAGGAAAUCGCAGAAACCACAGAUUCCACUACCAGAGUAACCAGAGAUCUGAUAUGGUCUUUAUAAACGAAAAGCCUGGCAUCCUGAGUGCCAGACCGACCCCGAGGUCGAGCUAUCAGCCACAAGUAGCCGUGUCCUGCCAACCCAAUUAUAGUCGCCUGCAAUAUCCUGUUAACUAUCCCUAUCAGGGAUAUAUGCAGCCGGACCUGGUAUCUUAUUUAAACUAUAGUAGCCAGAUGUUCCCCAACUACUCCUUUAAUCCGCAACAAUACCCCAACUAUAACAACUUGUCAUAUCCCGUCUACAACCCCACUUCUUGUAUUAAUUUAAACACUUUGGUUUGGGCCGGCUGGCAACAACUAUCUAACUACUAUAUUGAAGUUGAGAGACAGAGGCAACUUACCCAGGCUAUUCUUAUUUCCCAGAAUAAACUACGUUCUCAGCCGCAGCGGCCUCUCCACCCACAGCGGCCUCCACAUCCACAGCCAAUCAAAAUUCCUUUAAAGCCAAAAAUUCCAGCGGCCAGCAGCAACAACGCCAAAAUUGGUGAAAUUGUGGAUUCUUUGUCAAAGCUGAAAGUUGUCCAUGAUACUGGAGAAGCUAAACAAAGUCGCCCAGAAAGUUUACCCGAUGACAAAAGUGUACCCAAGUCCCCGGGCUCUCCGUCCUCUGAUGGUGAAAAGCCAUCUGAUGCGGAAUCAGAAAUUAUACUCAAGGAUCCUUUUAACUCUGAUGCUGAAGAACCCGUUGCUAUUACAGCUAGUAUUGUUGAAAAACUAGAUUGGACCUCGAGCGAUGAGGAUGAGCAAGCUAAACAAGUUCCCAAGACCUCUGACACAAGAGAGGAAAAGAAACUGAUCCCCGAGGAAGAUUAUUGCAAUGGUUACUCCUCCUCUGACGACGGCAUGGAUGAAAAUGCCAUCCCAGCCUACGCUGUGGACGAUCGAGUUUUAAAUAUCGACUAUCCUGUAGAUGCCGUUCGGUCCGGGUUCACACUUCCCCAGCGCGAUAUGGAAGACACCCUUGACUUAGAUGAUCGCAUAGAGGUCCAGCUGGUGAGGGUCGACAAUCCACACCAAUUCUACUUCUGGAUUUAUAAUAUCGAUAUAGAUUCCUACAAAGCCAUGAACUCCAAUAUGCAAGAAUUCUACGAUUGCCAUCUCACGGAUAAGUAUAUAAUGCCACUGUGUCUGCUGACCACGGGACAUCUGUGCGUGGUGCGAUCCAACACGAACGGCUCCUGGCAGCGGGCGGAGGUCUUGCGCCACUGUCCUGGGACUAAGAAACCCGUUGAGGUCAAGCUAAUAGACACUGGACACGUCAUGAACGUAAGCUACACCGGUGUCAAGUACUUGAUGAAGGAGUUUGCCAAUUUGCCGGCACAGUGUUUCAUUGGCCGGCUGGCCUAUGUUACGCCCUGGAAGGGCCACACCUGGUCGGCCGAUGCUGUUAACUUCUUCUACAAGCUUGUCUGCUUUCGCAGACUCUAUGCCAAAAUCGAAUCAAUCAAGGACGAUCUAAUCUAUGUGGUUCUGGUGGACCCCGAUUCCACAGAGCACACUAGGAACUUGAACAAGGCGUUGAUCGACUCUGGUUGGGUCCGGCGCUGUUACACUUGUUAAAAUAUUCACCAUAGUUUAAGACAUAAGUUCCAGAGUUGCAUUUAGUAUUUUGUCAGUUAAUUACUUUUAAGAGGCAAAUGAAUGUGCCGCUGAUCUCUUUAUUUUCCUUCAAAACUUCAAACCUUAUAAUGAAACUCAUUGUAUUAUUUAUAAGGCAAACGCUGUCCUUCUGCUUUUGUUUUUUAUUAGUUUACGUGUAAUAAAAUACUAAGUUACAUAAAUCCUUCCAACAAGUCGCUGUCCUCCACUUGCCUCGAUUUAUGCUCCCGAAAUUAAAACAAACAAGGCUUGCAACAGAGAUCUGCACGCAACUAAAUAGUCUCAUCCUGAACGGAAACUCUGAAUCAGAAUGGAAAAUCAUGAUCUUGCUCGGCGGCAGGCCCGCAAUAAAUACUUUUAAAUGUAACUGAGGCGAUUUUUUGUUUUUUUUUUUUAACAAUUCCCUAUAAAA